AGGCGCCGGAGUUUCACUUUGUAACUUUUAAGCGGUCGGGACACAGCCCCGCCGGGCCAGGUGGGGCCAGACAGCUGCCCCAGCCGCGCCAGCCGAGCCAGGUCGCCGCCGCCGCAGGGAGGUCUGUAAAGGCCGGUGGCCCUGGAUCCUGGGGCCAGGAGACCCCUGCAGAAAAUGAGUGGGAGGCCCCAAGGCAUGGCCUCCAGCAGCUUGGGAGGUGGUCCAGGCUGCCUUUGCCUUUACCAGCGACAGCUCCAACUGAGAACCCCUCAGGGCUCUUCCACAGCCCCUUCUUCCCCUGAUUCCUGGGAGGGCAGACGCGAUGACCGACUCCCCAUUCCUGGAGCUAUGGCACCCCAAGGCGGUGUCCAUCCGUGAGCGGCUGGGCAUCGGGGACCGGCCGAAUGACUCCUACUGCUACAACUCAGCCAAAAACAGCACCGUGCUCCAGGGGGUCAACUUUGGUGGCAUCCCCAUCGUUCUGCUCAUAGAUGUCAGCUGCUUCUUGACCAUAAUAUUGGUGUUUUCCUUCAUAAGAAGAAGAUUCUGGGACUACGGCCGCGUUGCUUUGGUAUCAUCAGAAGCGGAGAGUGAGUCCAGAUUCCAGAGGCUGUCGUCUUCUUCCUCCUCAGGGCAACAAGACUUCGAAAAUGAGCUGGGAUGCUGUGCCUGGCUGACUGCCAUCUUCUACCUGACCGAUGACCAGAUCCUGGAAUGGUGUGGAGAGGAUGCCAUCCACUACCUGUCCUUCCAGAGGCACAUCAUUGGUCUGCUGGUGGUGGUCAGCUUCUUGUCCCUGUGCGUCAUCCUACCCGUCAACCUCUCAGGAAACUUGCUGGAUAAAGACCCUUACAGUUUUGGGAGGACGACAAUAGCAAACCUACAGACUGACACCAACCUUCUCUGGCUGCACACUGUCUUCGCCGUCAUCUACCUUAUCCUCACCGUGGGCUUCAUGCGGCACCACACCCAGUCCAUCAGGUACAAAGCAGAGAGCCUGGUGAGACGGACCCUGUUCAUCACAGGGCUCCCCAGAGAUGCCAACAAGGAGAAGGUGGAGAGCCACUUCCGGUGGAGGCUGGAAGGAGGCCUUUUCUGUGAGAAGAAAAUUACGUGUGCAACGCUGGACGCAUACCCCACGUGCCAGGUGGUGGAGGUCCAGCUGUGCUAUAAUGUGGCCAAGCUGAUUUAUCUGUGCAAGGAGAGGAAGAAGACGGAGAAGAGCCUGACCUAUUACACAAACCUGCAGGUGAAGACAGGCCAGCGGGUCCUUAUCAAUCCCAAGACCUGUGGCCAGUUCUGCUGCUGUGAAGUGCCGGGGUGUGAGGGGCAGGAGGACGCCAUCUCUUACUACACACACUUGAAGGACGGGCUGAUGGAGAAAAUCGCAGAGGAGGAAUGCAGGGUCCAGUACCAGCCCUUGGGUAUGGCCUUCGUCACCUUCCAGGAGAAGUCCAUGGCCACCCACAUCCUGAAGGAUUUCAAUGCCUGCAAGUGUCAGGGCCUCCAGUGCAAAGGGGAGCCCCAGCCAUCUUCCCACAGCAGAGAGCUCUGUACCUCCAAGUGGACCGUCACCUUCGCCACUUACCCCGAGGACAUCUGCUGGAAGAACCUCUCAAUCCAGGGCCUCCGCUGGUGGCUGCAGUGGCUGGGCAUCAACUUCACUCUCUUCCUGGGGCUCUUUUUCCUGACCACACCCUCCAUCAUCCUGUCCACCAUAGACAAGUUCAAUGUCACCAAGCCCAUCCAUGCACUGAAUAACCCGGUCAUCAGCCAGUUCUUCCCAACCCUCCUCCUGUGGUCAUUCUCUGCCCUGCUCCCAACCAUCGUCUACUACUCCACACUGCUGGAGUCUCACUGGACCAAGUCAGGGGAAAACUGGAUCAUGAUGACCAAGGUCUACAUUUUCCUGAUCUUCAUGGUGCUGAUCCUGCCCUCUCUAGGCCUCACCAGCCUGGAUUUUUUCUUCCGGUGGCUCUUUGACAAAACUUUCUCAGAGGCCUCUGUCAGAUUGGAGUGUGUCUUCCUGCCUGACCAGGGCGCCUUCUUUGUGAACUACGUCAUCGCCUCGGCCUUCAUUGGCAAUGCCAUGGAGCUGCUGCGGCUGCCAGGCCUCAUCCUCUAUACUUUUCGCAUGAUCAUGGCCAAGACAGCCGCUGACCGAAGGAACGUCAAGCAGAACCAGGCCUUCGAGUAUGAGUUUGGUGCCAUGUACGCGUGGAUGCUGUGUGUCUUCACUGUCAUUGUGGCCUACAGCAUCACCUGUCCUAUCAUCGCGCCAUUCGGCCUCGUCUACAUCCUGCUCAAGCACAUGGUGGACCGGCACAACCUCUACUUCAUCUACCUUCCGGCCAAGCUGGAGAAGAAGAUCCACUUCGCCGCCGUGAACCAGGCCUUGGCAGCUCCCAUCCUGUGCCUUUUCUGGCUCUUCUUCUUCUCCUUCCUGCGCCUGGGUCUGAAGGCCCCCGCCACUCUGUUCACCUUCCUGGUGGUGCUGCUCACCAUCCUGGUCUGCCUGGCCUACACCUGCUUUGGAUGCUUCAAGCACCUCAGCCCUCUGAACUAUAAGGGUGUUUGUUCCGGAAGAUCAGUUUUGUGUAUCGUUGCAAUGUUUGGCUGUUACCUGCAGACAGAAGAAUCAGCAAGUGACAAAGGAAGUGAAGCCGAGGCCCCCGUGCCCCCACCAUUCACACCAUACGUGCCCCGGAUUCUGAACAGCUUGGCCUCGGAGAAGACAGCUCUGUCCUCACAGCAGCAGCAGACAUACGGUGCCAUUCACAACAUCAGCGGGGCUCUCCCAGGGCAGUGGUUGGCCCAGAACCCUGCAGACAGCAUGGCUGCCACUGACCAGGAGGCCUGAGGGCAAGCUGCCUGGCUGGGCCAGGCUCUGGGAGCCAGAUGCUGAGGAGACACAAGAGCAGGAGCACGGUCUCCGAUUCCAGCCAAGUUCAGGACUUCUCUCCACUGUUUCAGGCUCCACUGCUCUAGAAAUGUGGACCCAGGAAGGCCAUGGGCUCAGGCCCUUGGCUAGGUGGGAUGGGUUGGGAUGCCAGUUAAGGGCCAGUGGGUGGCCUUUUCUGGUCACAGCAGUGGUGAAGGGUAUACUCACAGCUCUGUACCUUACCUGCUCCCCUGCGGCCUGCUCAUUUCCCAGGUUCCUCCCCCCUCCCCUUUGCACAGCUUCCAGCUCCUAGCUGGAAUGAUGUCCCCAAUGAUGUCCAAUCUAGAUCAUGUGUUGGAAUUUUGUCCCUCAGAGCCAUUAGCUCUUGUGACUCUAGAAGGUAACAGUGAAGACUUUCUCCCUUCUAAAUACUCAAACACCUUUUACAUACACACACCCAUGCGCACACACAGACACAUCCGAUAACCAAAGAGCCUGCAGCAGGCCCGGGUCUGAGAUGGGGUGCAAAUGGGAGCCCAGGUUCAGUUCAGCUCACCCCUCCUUGUAUUAAGUUGUUCAUCCAUCCUCCCACCCCCAGCAGUGUUGGCCCCUUGAAGCUGCUCCCAGGCAUCAGCUGUGGGGAGCAGGGAGGAGAUGGGAUGGUGCUGGCUGCAGCAGGCUCAGCCAGCUGAGCACACACUCUGCAUCCUGCUAUCUCGUCCUUGCGUGGGGUUCUUGUACCAUGUUGCCAGUGAUGCUAUGGCUGGAUCAGGGUCACCCACAGCAGUCAGGGAUAAUGAGGAUUAUUAAUAAAGUGUCCAUUUGGACAGGUUGCUGAGACCCAGACUCUUCUGCCUUUUUAGGGCUGAGGGUGAGGGGCUCAGCCUCCACUCAGCCCUCGAUCCUGUCUGCGUCCUUCAGAAGGGGUGGAACAGCUCUCAGGGGAGGACAGUGUGGACAAGUGUGGGGCUGGACACCAGCCCAGGGCAGAAGAGAGGAGGAGGUAGGUGUGUCUGGGCUGGGUGCAGGACUGUUCUCUUAAACUGUGAUGCUGGCAGGAAGGAGCAGCAGCCCUUUGCCCUUUCUCCUUCUAUGGGGCUGGGACCCAACUCUGGACUUGUUACGCUUCCUCGCUCCUGCCUCCAGGUGGCGCCAGAGGCCAAGUCGGUGUGUCGU